AUGUGCCACGCGCGUUUGAAGGACUACAAUCCGGAGGAACGCAUGAGCUGGUCGGAACUUCUUCAGUACAACCGCGAGUUCAUUCGCAACCAACGACGCUCAACGGCAUAUUCUUGGUUCCCGGUCUUCGAGAAUGCCAGGCUCACACCGGUGCUUCUGUCCCUACAAGAUUAUGGCUGCCUCAUCAUCGACGCGCGGGGCGGAGGCAACCGCAUCGUGCAAGAGAACCCGAACGCAAAGACUCCUGGUCCGUGGUGUGAGGUGAUGGAUCGAGCCUACAUUCGAUUCCUACUCCCAACCGACCAUCCUCGCAUCGCUAUGCCUAGCGUCCGCAUGCUUGGAAUGCAGCUCUCGAGUCUGAAAGACAUCGACAUGGUAUACUAUUACGAGUAUACCGAAUACGAGCCUGGCGUCAUUGUUCCGAAGACCAACAAGGUGCGCCUCGCUCGCCCGGUGAUGACCGAGGAGGCUUUCGAAGAGGCAGAGACGAAAGCCCCGAGCUACAAGCACUUUAUCUCUACAGUCCGGGCUAAGGGUCCCAAGUCCGCCGGAGCCACCACCUCGAAGCACCGACACGCGCCCACCAAGGACGACCUCAAAUCGCAGAAGUGGACGAGGUGUGGCGAUAACGAACUCCCCGUCAUCACCGAAGAAGAUAUCGAACAAGGUUCUCAAGGCAAGCGCGGCUUCGGCGUAGAGCUCCCGGUGUCUAAGGCGGUCAAGCCGGUCAUCAUGAGUGUGGCGUUCAAGCAAUGGCCCCCACAUCCGAUAGGUGGAGAUCUUGCGCAGCUCUUGGAGUUUACGAUGCUUGGUGUUGGAAUGCAGCCGUUGUUCAAGGAGGAGGAUGAGCUGCGUUCGAAGGAAGCGCAGCAUUGGCACAAGGUGGAUGGGGAGCUGACGGUGGAGGAUGCUAUCGCGAAGAGGAUCAGUGAGUUGACUUUGGCGGCGAACAAGGACUGA